GGCUCCUCUGUCAGCCAAUGAAGAAAGCCCUUGUACGCAUGCCCUGCUUUCUCCAUGUGAGAAGUGCUACAUGCUAAAGAAUCAUCAUGCUUCGUCGAGAAGUGAGACAGCGUCGAGAGUACCUGUACAGGAAGGCCCAGGAGGACCGGCUCCGAACCAUCGAGGAGAAGAAGCAGAAGCUCAAGGGAGCACUUGAUGAAAAUCGUCUCCUUCCAACUGAAGUACGCAAAGAUGCCCUGGAGCUGCAGAAACUACUGGAGUACGACGAUGAAGGAGCAGAAGGUGUCAGCUCACACAUGGAUGAUGAGUAUAAAUGGGCCGGAGUGGAAGAUCCUAAAAUCCUGGUGACCACCUCCAGAGACCCCAGCUCCAGACUCAAAAUGUUCUCCAAGGAGAUAAAGCUGAUGUUUCCUGGAGCCCAGCGCAUGAACAGAGGAAACCACGAGAUGAACGCACUGGUCGGCGCCUGCAAAGCCAACAACGUCACUGACCUCGUCAUCAUACACGAAACCAGAGGAAACCCAGACGCCCUGGUGGUGUGCCACUUGCCUUUUGGACCCACGGCAUACUUCACCCUGUACAACGUGGUGAUGAGGCACGAUGUUCCCGACAUCGGCACCAUGUCUGAGGCCUACCCCCACCUCAUCUUCAACAACUUCUCGUCCCGCCUCGGCACCAGGGUAUCAAAUAUCCUCAAGUAUCUCUUCCCGGUACCAAAGGAGGACAGUAGGCGGGUCAUCACGUUCUCCAACCAAGAGGACUUCAUCUCUUUCAGACAUCACACCUACAAGAAAACAGACCACAAGAACGUGGUGCUGACUGAAGUCGGACCCAGGUUUGAAAUGAAAUUGUAUAUGAUCAAACUGGGCACCCUGGAGAACGAGAGUACGGCGGAUGUGGAAUGGCGUCACCAUGCAUACACACACACAUCCAAGAAGAGGAGGUUCCUCAGUGUGCAAUAAAAAUAGUAAUAAAGCAAACUGUUGUACAAAACUGUGCUUUCUGGACUAUGUUUUAUACCAUUCUUAAAAUGAAUAUGGUGUUUUUUAAAUGACAAGUGAGUUUAUUUGACCAAAUAUAGAGGGUUUCACACAGUCAAACUGCAUCGUAUUCAUCAAGACUAACAGUCAUUUUCAAAACCAAAUUCAAAAUGUUAUAACUGUUGUACUAUUUUAAAAUAAAAUGUGUAUCUUUACAUUUA